AUGGCAGCCCUCCUCUCUUUGCUGGGUGCUUCUGCGCUCAUCUCUACCACUGCUGCUGCCCCAGUCAACCGCCAAGCAUCAAUAUGGUCCGGGCUGAGCUCCAAAAUCACUCACGUUGUGUACCUGAUGAUGGAGAACCACUCCUUUGAUAACAUCGCCGGGUACUGGGACUUUAACGACAUUGACAACUUGCGCAACAUCACGUUCUGCAAUGAGUUCACCAACCCCAACUGGACGGUGUGGAACGAGCCCUUGCUGAUCUGCGCUGGUAAGUACGAGGCUGAAGUGCCCCUGGUAGACCCCGACCACAACUUCGCGGGCACCAGCUACGAAAUCUACCGCAAAUGGCAGCCCACAGCCGACGACGUCCCCGACAUGUCUGGCUUCAUUGAGAGACAGUCUGAACGCUACAACGCAACGCCGUCAGAUUCCUCCUUUGUUAUCAAGGCGUACGAUCCGUCCAUGGCCACCACUCUACAGACAUUGGCCCAAAACUAUGCUUUCUGGGACACUUACUUCGCCGAGCACCCUGGCCCAACCAACCCCAACAGGCAAUUCGCAACCUCGGCCUCGACUUGCGGCUAUGUGGACAACACGAACCAAGCGUCCGGCUGGUUUUCGAACACUACGGGGACGGACUGUGCGGUGUCCAUCUUCGAAUCUCUAUCCAACAAGAACAUUUCCUGGAAGAACUACUACGAGACGGACAUUAUCGAUGCCUAUAUGUAUAAGUGGGUCCAGGACAACGCCAUGGACCGCCUCGUGCACGCGGAUCAAUUUUAUAAAGACCUCGCAAACAACGAGCUCCCCCAGUUCUCUUAUAUCAACCCGGAAUGCUGCACUAUCGACUCUAUGCACCCCACUAGCAACAUGGCCGCUGGAGAAAUGAUGAUCAAGCACUUGUACGACUCUCUCCGCAACUCUUCGUACUGGGAUAAUCUCAACUUCGACGAGCACGGUGGUUUCGCCGACCACGUCCCUCCGCCCGUGGGAAUUCCCGCGCCUGAAGACGGCAUCACAUUCUCGGGCAUGUCGGAUGGCCACAACGUCACGUACGACUACACUCGCCUGGGCGUGCGAGUUCCCGCGUUCGCCAUCUCGCCGUGGAUCCCGCCCAACACGCUCAUCCACGACCAGGGCACCAUGUACGCCGAGAACUCGCAGUACACGCACUCGUCGUUCCUGCACUUCCUGCAGGAGCUGUGGGGGCUGGAGGGCCUCAACAACCGUGUCCAGUGGGCCAAGACCUUCGAGUACAUCUUCGCCGACACUCCGCAGGAGGGCGGCGGCCUCCAGAGCCUGCCCAGCCCCGUCUGGGAGGGCCACUACGGACAGCCUGAGCCCGAGGCUUUCUAUCUGCUGAACCAGGACUACAGCUACUACGAGAAUCUGGAUUGA